AUGUGUUACUCACUGUGCGGCGGGGACCGCGACAAGCCCGGGUCGUCGUCGGUAGCGGCAGCAGCGGCGGCGGCGGCCCCAGGGGCGGCGUGGGCCCCCACUAUCCGGACGCAGCCCGGCGCCGCGCCGCGCGGAGCGGAGACAGCAGGCCGGCCGCGCGCGCCCUGAGCUCGGCCCCGCGGCGCAGGGACCCCGACUCUCGGCCCAGCCGGCCAGUCCCCGGGCGCCGCCCGAGAGCCCGCGAGGCGGCGGCGGCGGCCCCAGGCGAGGCGGGGGGCGGCCGGCGCCGCGCCGAGCAUCCUCCGGAGCGCCCGCGGGCCCCACGCCGCCGAGCCCCGCGCGCCUCCAGCCCACCGCCCGGGCCCGGGGGACGCGCGCGCGCGCGGCCGGGCGGCGGGGGGCGGGGAGCCGCCCGCGCCCCUCGGCCCUCGCCGGGCCCCCGCGCACCCCGGCCGGCCGGCGCGGCCUGAAGCGGCGGCGAUGGCGAGCGCGCCCCUGCCCGGGGCCCCCGCGCCGGCGGGCGGGGACGGCCCGAACCUCAACAACAACAACAACAACAACAACCACAGCGUGCGCAAGUGCGGCUACCUGCGCAAGCAGAAGCACGGCCACAAGCGCUUCUUCGUGCUGCGCGGCCCCGGCUCGGGCGGGGACGAGGCGGCCGGGGCCGGGGGCUCGCCGCCGCUGCCGCCGCGGCUGGAGUACUAUGAGAGCGAGAAGAAGUGGAAGAGCAAGGCGGGCGCGCCGAAGCGGGUGAUCGCGCUCGACUGCUGCCUGAACAUCAACAAGCGCGCGGACGCCAAGCACAAGUACCUGAUCGCCCUCUACACCAAGGACGAGUACUUCGCCGUGGCGGCGGAGAACGAACAGGAGCAGGAGGGCUGGUACCGGGCGCUCACCGAUUUGGUGAGCGAGGGCCGCUGCGGCGACGGGGCCGCCGCGGCUACCGGCGGCUCCUGCAGCGCCUCCCUCCCGGGCGGCUCGGGGGGCGCCGCCGGCUCCGACGACAACUACGGGCUGGUGACGCCCGCCACGGCGGUCUACCGCGAGGUGUGGCAGGUGAACCUGAAGCCCAAGGGCCUGGGCCAGAGCAAGAACCUGACCGGGGUGUACCGCCUCUGCCUGUCGGCGCGCACCAUCGGCUUCGUGAAGCUCAACUGCGAGCAGCCGUCGGUGACGCUGCAGCUCAUGAACAUCCGCCGCUGCGGCCACUCGGACAGCUUCUUCUUCAUCGAGGUGGGCCGCUCGGCCGUCACGGGCCCCGGCGAGCUGUGGAUGCAAGCCGACGACUCGGUGGUGGCGCAGAACAUCCACGAGACCAUCCUGGAGGCCAUGAAGGCGCUCAAGGAGCUCUUCGAAUUCCGGCCUCGCAGCAAGAGCCAGUCGUCCGGCUCGUCGGCCACGCACCCCAUCAGCGUGCCGGGCGCGCGCCGCCACCACCACCUCGUCAACCUCCCCCCAAGCCAGACCGGCCUGGUGCGCCGCUCGCGCACCGACAGCCUGGCGGCCACCCCGCCGGCCGCUAAGUGCGCCUCGUGCCGGGUCCGGACGGCCAGCGAGGGCGACGGCGGCGCGGCGGCCGGGGCCGGGCCGGCAGGAGGCAGGCCGAUGUCGGUGGCCGGGAGCCCCCUCAGCCCAGGGCCGGUGCGCGCGCCCCUCAGCCGCUCGCACACCCUGAGCGGCGGCUGCGGAGGCCGCCCGAGCAAAGUGGCCCUGGCGCCGGCAGGGGGCGCGCUGCAGCACAGCCGCUCCAUGUCCAUGCCCGUGGCGCACUCGCCGCCCGCGGCCACCAGCCCGGGCAGCCUGUCCUCCAGCAGCGGACACGGCUCGGCCUCCUAUCCGCUGCCUCCCGGCCCCCACCCGCACCUGCCUCAUCCGUUGCACCACCCCCAAGGCCAGCGCCCGUCCAGCGGCAGCGCCUCCGCCUCCGGCUCCCCCAGCGACCCAGGUUUCAUGUCGCUGGACGAGUACGGCUCCAGCCCCGGCGACCUGAGAGCCUUCAGCAGCCACAGGAGCAACACGCCCGAGUCAAUCGCAGAGACCCCGCCAGCGCGGGACGGCAGCGGGGGCGAUCUCUACGGGUACAUGAGCAUGGAUAGGCCCCUGAGCCACUGUGGCCGCCCUUACCGGAGGGUCUCCGGAGAUGGAGCUCAGGACCUGGACCGAGGCCUGAGGAAGAGGACUUACUCCCUGACCACGCCUGCCCGGCAGCGGCAGGUGCCCCAGCCUUCCUCUGCCUCCCUGGAUGAGUACACGCUCAUGAGGGCCACCUUCUCCGGCAGUUCCGGCCGCCUCUGCCCUCCCUUCCCCGCGUCCUCUCCCAAAGGGGCCUACAACCCUUACCCGGAGGACUAUGGGGACAUUGAGAUUGGCUCUGGCUCGCACAAGAGUUCCAGCAGUAACCUGGGGGCAGACGACGGCUACAUGCCCAUGACGCCUGGCGCGGCCCUGCGGAGCGGCUCAGCCCUGCGGAGCGGCGGCCCCGGCGGCUCCAAGACCGACGACUACAUGCCCAUGAGCCCCACCAGUGUGUCCGCCCCCAAGCAGAUUCUGCAGCCGCGCUCGGCGGCGGCGGCGGCGGCGGCGGCGGCGGCGUUGCCCCCCUCCGGAGCGGCAGCAGCACCCCCUUCAGGGGCGGGCAGGAUCUUCCCCGGGAACGGAGGCGGCUACAAGGCCAGCUCCCCGGCAGAGAGCUCCCCCGAGGACAGCGGGUACAUGCGGAUGUGGUGUGGCGCCAAGCUGUCCAUGGAGAACGCAGACCCGAAGCUGCUCCCCAACGGGGACUACCUCAACAUGUCCCCCAGCGAGGCGGGCGCCGCGGGCACCCCGCCCGACUUCUUCGCAGCAGCUCAGCGGGCGGGCGGCGAGGGCCUCAAAGGGGUCCCCGGCCACUGCUACAGCUCCCUGCCCCGCUCCUACAAGGCCCCCUAUUCGUGCAGCGGAGACAGUGACCCCUAUGUGCUUAUGAGCUCCCCGGUGGGGCGCAUCUUGGAAGAGGAGAGGCUGGAGCCCCGGGCAGCCCCCGGGUCUGGCACCUUUGGGGCAGCCGGAGGCAGUCACGCCCAGCCUCAUCACUCCGCAGUGCCUUCCCCCAUGAGGCCAAGUGGCAGUAGUGGUGGCCGCCCCGAAGGCUUCCUCGGUCAGCGCUGUCGGGCAGUGCGGCCCACACGCCUGUCGCUGGAGGGACUACAGACUCUUCCCAGCAUGCAAGAGUACCCUCUACCCGCAGAGCCCAAGAGCCCUGGCGAGUACAUCAACAUUGACUUUGGCGAGGCGGGCACCCGUCUCUCUCCGCCUGCCCCCCCACUCCUGGCCUCUGCGGCCUCGUCCUCCUCACUGCUCUCAGCCAGCAGUCCUGCUUCGUCCCUGGGUUCAGGUACCCCGGGCACCAGCAGCGACAGCCGGCAGCGCUCCCCGCUCUCCGACUAUAUGAACCUGGACUUCAGUUCUCCCAAGUCUCCUAAGCCUAGCACCCGUAGUGGGGACGCAAUGGGCACCAUGGAUGGCGUUCUCUCCCCAGAGGCCUCAUCCCCAUGCCCGCCGCUGCCCCCACGUCCUUCCGCCUCCCCUUCCUCCCUGCAGCAGCCUCCGCCACCGGCUCCAGGAGAACUGUACCGCCUGCCUCCGGCAUCGGCUGCCACAUCCCAAGGCCCCGCUGCUGGCUCCUCGACAUCCUCGGAACUUGGGGAUAAUGGGGACUAUACCGAGAUGGCCUUUGGCGUGGCUGCCACCCCGCCGCAACCAAUUGCGGCUCCCCCAAAGCCAGAAGCUGCCCGACUGGCCAGCCCCACAUCGGGCUUGAAGCGGCUGAGCCUCAUGGAUCAGGUGUCGGGGGUGGAGGCCUUCCUUCAAGUCAGCCAGCCCCCAGACCCCCACCGGGGUGCUAAGGUCAUUCGUGCAGACCCGCAGGGGGGACGCCGUCGCCACAGUUCAGAGACCUUCUCCUCUACCACCACAGUCACCCCAGUGUCCCCAUCCUUUGCCCACAACUCCAAGCGCCACAAUUCGGCCUCUGUGGAGAACGUCUCUCUCAGGAAAAGCAGCGAGGGCAGUGGCAUCCUGGGAGGAGGUGAUGAGCCUCCCACAUCCCCAGGACAGGCACAGCCCUCACUGGCUGUGCCCUCAGCACCGCCGGCCAGGCCGUGGAACCCCGGACAGCCUGGAGCUUUGAUUGGCUGUCCCGGAGGGAGCAGUUCUCCCAUGCGCAGAGAGACCUCUGUGGGUUUCCAGAACGGCCUCAACUACAUCGCCAUCGACGUGAGGGGCGAGCAGGGGUCCUUGCCGCAGCCUCAGCCGCAGCACCCACAGCCAGGAGACAAGAGCUCCUGGGGCCGGACCCGUAGCCUUGGGGGGCUCCUCGGUAGCGUCGGAGGCACUGGCGCCAGCGCAGGGUGUGGGGGCCCGGGCACUGGAGCCUUGCCCUCAGCCAGCACCUACGCAAGCAUCGAUUUCUUGUCCCAUCACUUGAAGGAAGCCACGGUCGUGAAAGAGUGAAGUGCUGCUGGCUCUGUCCCUGCCACACUGAAAUCUCCGAAUCCAUUCGAAGGACACUUAGCAUGUUUCCAACCAAUGCUGCUCACUUUCCUUUCACCAGGAGCAAGUCCACGUUCUGAGACUUCUGUGAAUUGUAUUAGAUAAGGAACCGAGAGGCCAGGGUGCCGCUCUCGCCUGCUUCCACGUGGAGCACUUGUUGCCAUCACACUGUUUGUGUUGCAUUUUGUUUCAUUUGUAAACUAAAUGAGGCGGUGGAAUACACUCCGGGAGAUUGGAUGUUUCCAUUGGCCCUCAUAAAUCCUGGCCAUCCUUGUCAUUUUGUUGUUAUUUUUCAUUUUGGCAAAUCGGAUUAAUCCCUCAGCAUGCAAGGAGAGGCUACGACACACACAAAAGUGAUCAAAUCUGGUAUUUACUGGCUUACAGUCAAAGCUACCACAGUCCUACCUCAGUUCAGGGUGAAGCCGGAUUGAUGGGCAGGGUUCAGGGCAGCUGUGCGCCCAGACCACAUGCUGACCUCCGCCUCUGUUAAGUAGGUGUGGACUCCAGUCCAGGUCCCUGCAGAGUGUACCUACACAGAACCCGGUGUGGGACUGGCAGUUCUCCAUGGGAUUGGACUGAAGACGGAUUAAUCCUAAUAAUUCCUAAAUGUGACUGGAGCAGCCUCCUUUUGGAAAUCAUCAGCCGCAUUUGGGGGUGGGGGGAGGGGUGGAUCUCUCUUUGUACCUUUACAGGCUUGUUGACUUCUCUCUGUAGAUGUUCAUAUGAGUACUUCAGAAAUCAAAAGCCUUUUCUCCCCUCUACAAGCCUCCCGCCUGUGAAUCUAAGCUCGCACUCCUUGAGCCAAAAACUCAAUGUAGGCAUGUCCACAGCUCAAGCCUGGUUCGGGGUUUGACAAAUUUUGUUUUUUAGAUAUAUCAUCUCUGACAUAAUGUUGCUUUGUUGGCCAGCAGCGCUGCCCUGAACACGAGGGGAGGCAUUUCAGCCGUUGUGCUACUGACGGCAGAAGAAGGAAACCACCUUUCUCCCUGCACGGCUCGUCAGCAGUUCUUGACAGGGACUACCCUGGGUGUGUUCUCAGUGUUCAGGAAAUGUCAGUGUUGUGAAACUGGUUCACGUGUCACCUAGAAGGGCUGAGCUUGCCGGCUGAAUACCUGUCACCUUGCUGCUCCAUCACAGGACUGGAGGCCCUGCCUCCCCUGACCCCCACUCCCCAGUGCCUGUCUCCUUCAUAGUCCCGUAGAGGCUACACUAACUCUCGGAAAUGUGAGUUGCUGGUUUAUUUUUUAUUGUUGUUUUUGUUUGGGAGAAUAUAUAUAUAUAUAAGUAUAUAGAUAUAUAUCACUAUAGAAUAAUGCAUUGGUAAGAAGGGGCUUUUAGAGGAUGACCAAAAAAUUCCAUGUCUUAAAAAUAUAUUUAAUGGCAAUGCAGCUGUCUUCCUGCUUCCGUGCUGAGCUUGUAGAAGAAGGUUGUAUUGCAAGACAAAGUUGAAUGUAAAUUGACCCCCACCCUGCGCGGAUCUUGCGGUUUCCUUUCCUGCAGUCGUGCGUGGCGGCAGCGGCGCACAGGCCGCCAGCACUGGAGCGAAAGUCCGUUCUGCCGCGUGCCGUGCUUUACCGAGAUGGGAGAGAACCUCCUGAAACUUUGCCUAUUGUUGGGACUAGGAACUCGGCCGUGUUGGCUGUGUAACUAAAUCCCCCAGGGACAGUAGGGCUGUUCUGCUGACCACAGCACCCCGAGGCGGAUGGGACACGCCCUCCACCCUCGGAGCGGUCACCACAGGACACAGAUGGCACGUGUCCCUGCCGCAGCUGACAUGAGCAGAAAGAGAAACCGAGAGUACACUAAAUCGCCCUCAUCCUGUACAUUUCAAGAAGAGCAGGCAUAUGCAAUAUUUCCAUCCUUAAUUUAGUUUACAGAAUGGAACCAAAAUGUAUAAGUGCUAUGUUCGCCACAUUCAUGCUGUAUAUUGGUCUUUGUACAUCCUGCCUGACUUAAUCUUAAAUUUAAACUAUUUUUUGCUAUAUAAACUUUAACAGUUAAACAGUGUUUUCUUUGGUACAUGUUGUUUCAGGAUAUCAAGAUGUUAAAUAUAUUUCUUGCUAUUGUGUUUAAAAAAGAGAGUCACCCUCCCUGCUGUCUUCCGCUGUACAUGCUGUAUAUAGGGGUCACGUGAUGCCGCCGAAGACGAGAAUAAACUGGAGUAGUUUAGUUUGCUGUAUUUAGUCUGUAUUGACCAUGGAUGCCCUCCUUAAUAGCCAUAUGCAAUAAAAUAAAAUACAUUAUUUAUGAAAUGAA